AUGCCAGAUGGCUCUGCUCGCACGCCCAAGCGGCCUAAUAGCUCAUUCAACACACUAGAGCGCGAGAAGAACUUCAAGAGCCCACCUAAGGAUGCUGCGGUCGUCCCGAUCUUGAAUGAAUUCGUGACCCCGCACAUAGAGUCCUUCAAUGCGUUAUUCAAUGACUCCGGACUUCCUGCAGGUGACGGAGACGGGAGGGGACUUCUAUCAUUGGGGCUGGAGGACAUUGGAAGGCGGGUAGUGUUUGAUGGGAAGGGAGAUAUCGGAGCAGAAAGUGGGCAGAGAGGAUGGGGGAACCGGUUGACCAUGUGGUAUGAACAGGUUACUGUUGCGCGACCUAUGGUUCCUGAGAAAGACAAAGAUGCUGUUGAGAGGAGAGUAUUCCCAACGGAAGCUCGCGAACGGUUGACAUCAUAUCGCGGGCGUAUGACUGCCAAAAUAUGCUGGCAAGUGAACGACGGUCCCGUUGAAGUCCAGAUGAGGGAUUGCGGUCUUCUGCCUAUUAUGGUCAGGUCAGCACGGUGUAACGUUCGCGGUAUGUCUUCCGCGGACCUUGUAAAGCAUCACGAGGAGCCCGAAGAGUUCGGCGGGUACUUCAUCAUCAAUGGGAAUGAACGUCUCAUCCGUUACCUCAUCCUCCCUCGUCGACACCACGUCAUCUCCCUCGUCCGACCCUCGUUCGUCAACCGCGGUCCAUCCUACACCCCUUACGCCGUCCAGAUACGCUGCGUCCGCCCUGACCAGACGGGCGUCACGAACACACUCCACUACCUCUCGAACGGUAGCGCGAUGCUCAGGUUCUCCUGGCGCAAACAAGAAUAUGUCAUUCCCAUCAUGCUAAUCCUCAAAGCUCUCGUUUCCGCGUCCGAUAAGGAGAUUUUCGAGGGCGUUAUGAUGCAAGACUACGAGGACACAUUCCUAUCAGAUCGUGUCGAGCUGUUACUCAGGAGUUUCAAGAUGUACAGCUUGUACACGGGAGAUCAAUGUCUGCAGUACUUGGGUGACAAGUUCCGCGUGGUAGUCAACAUGCCCGAAGACUGGACUAACCAGGCCAUUGGCGUAUGGCUCAUCAAUAAAGUCGUACUCGUCCAUCUGCAAAACCCAAGAGACAAGUUCCGCAUGCUCCUUUUCAUGCUGAGGAAGCUCUUUGCACUCGUCUCCAAGUCAUGUAGCGUCGACAACCCCGAUUCUCCUCAACACCAGGAAGUCCUCCUACCUGGUACACUCUACGGCAUGAUCAUCAAAGAGCGUCUCGAGGAAGCCCUCAACAGCUUCCGCGAGGGCAUUGCACUUGACGUUCGCAACUCAAAUCCUGCUGUGGACUUCUUCGACAAGCGGUAUAUCAAGAAGGUGCUCAGCAGGACGAGCUACGAUAUCGGCGCCAAGAUGUCCAACUUCCUCGCCACCGGCAACCUCGUAUCUCCGACGGGCCUUGACCUCCAGCAAGCGUCCGGUUUCACGAUCGUCGCCGAGAAGCUCAACUGGAUGCGUUAUAUAAGCCACUUCCGCUCCAUCCACCGUGGUGCCUUCUUUGCCGAGCUCAAGACCACGACCGUCCGAAAGCUCCUUCCCGAAGCGUGGGGCUUCCUCUGCCCUGUGCACACGCCGGACGGCUCGCCCUGCGGUCUGCUCAACCAUCUCUCCCGCACAUGCCGCAUCGUCACCUCUCCCUUAGCCGUCGCACACCUUCCCGCACUGCUGGCAGCACACGGCAUGACGCAGGCGUUCGCGCCUUCGGUUGAUGGCCGGCGCAACCUCUGCGUGCAGCUCGAUGGACGACUCAUCGGCUGGGCCCCAUCCGCGGUAUGCAAGCAGCUCGCGACGAGCCUGCGAAUAUGGAAGACCGAAGGCAAGCACAGCGUCCCGCUCGACCUCGAAAUCGGCUUCGUGCCUGUAUCUAAGGGCGGGCAGUACCCUGGCUUGUAUCUGUUCUCGAGCCGGUCUAGGAUGAUGCGGCCUGUGAAGUAUUUGGCGAACGGGAGGGACGACCAGGUGGGAUCGUUCGAGCAAGUGUAUAUGGACAUCGCGUGCACGCCUGCGGAGAUUGAGGACGGGGUGUCGACACAUGUGGAACACGCGCCCACGAACUUCUUGUCUAUUCUCGCGAACUUGACACCGUUCUCGGACUUCAACCAGAGUCCUCGUAACAUCUAUCAAUGUCAGAUGGGUAAACAAACAAUGGGAACGCCUGCGACGGCCCUCCAGCAUCGCACCGACAACAAGCUCUACCGGCUCCAAACCGGCCAAACGCCCGUCGUGCGCCCCGCACUGCACAACACGUACGGUAUGGACUCGUUCCCGAACGGCACGAACGCGAUUGUUGCCGUCAUCUCCUACACCGGCUACGACAUGGAGGACGCGAUGAUCCUCAACAAGUCCGCACACGAGCGCGGGUUCGGUUACGGGACAGUUUACAAGGCAUACACCGUCGACCUGCAGGAGCUCACGGGCUCUAGGAGGCAGACCGGCCCCCCAACGCUACAUUUUGGAGUGGGCCCGGAGAUCAGAAUGGAAGAGGGCCCCAAUCAGCAUGCGGCGGCGAAGCUGGUUGACGCAGAUGGUUUGCCUAUUGUUGGGUCAAGGCUGAACCCUGGGGACCCGAUUGCGGCGUAUGUGGACGACACGACUGGACGCACGAAGUUCGUCAAGUACAAGGGCGACGAGGUCGCGUAUGUCGACACGGUCCGCCUGCUAGGCAGCGACGCCGGUGACCAAGAGCUGCAGAAGAUCAAUAUCACCCUGCGCAUCACCCGCGCGCCGGUUAUCGGCGACAAGUUCUCAUCGCGGCACGGGCAAAAGGGUGUCUGCUCGCAAAAAUGGCCCGCCAUCGACAUGCCGUUCACUGAGAGUGGCAUGCAGCCCGACGUCAUUAUCAACCCGCACGCUUUCCCGUCCCGCAUGACGAUUGGUAUGUUAGUCGAGAGCAUGGCUGGGAAAGCUGGUGCAAUGCACGGUCUUGCGCAGGACGCGACGCCCUUCCAGUUCACGGAAGAAGACACUGCGAUCGACUACUUCGGCGAACAGCUCGUCGCGGCGGGCUACAACUACUACGGGAAUGAGCCGAUGUACUCCGGCAUCACCGGUCAGGAGUUCGCGGCGGACAUCUACAUCGGUGUUGUCUACUACCAGCGCCUUCGACACAUGGUCCUCGACAAGUUCCAGGUGCGAACAAUAGGCCCCGUCGAUCCCGUUACCCGUCAGCCCGUCAAGGGCCGGAAACGCGCGGGUGGUAUUCGUUUCGGAGAGAUGGAGCGGGACGCGCUCAUCGCUCAUGGGACCGCAUUCCUUUUGCAAGACCGACUCAUGAACUGCUCCGACUAUUCGACGGCAUGGGUGUGCAGGACUUGCGGCAGCUUGAUCUCGCUCGGGUACGACGAUGUCACCCUCGGCGAGAUGGUAAUCGGCGCGUCGGGCAUGCUCAAGCCCACAGGACCUGGCGGUGAGUACUGUAGAGUAUGCCGUGCUGCUGCGGAAGAAGAGGAGACACGCGCAAGGCAAGCCUUGGCAACCGGGCAGGCAUCAGCUACUGCCAACGGGCACGCCGAUGUGCGCGUGCAGAUACCAUCGCAGCACAUUCUUGGACCGGCCUCGAAGGGAGGCGACAUGGACAUCAUUGCCGUACCUUACGUCUUCAGAUACCUGUGUGCCGAACUCGCAUCCAUGGGUAUCAAGGUGUCAUUAGAGGUCCGGUAG